AUGUUGGGUAGAAAGCAAAGCAUCAAAGGUGAACCGAUACUUGCUGAUUAUGGUCCAGAAGAAUCCCUCAAUGAAAGUGCCGAUAUCGAAUGGGUCAACAAGCUAUGGGUUCGGCGAUUGAUGCGAUUAUGUGCCUUGGUAUCUCUAACAUCUAUAUCACUAAAUACGCCUAAGACAUUCGAAAGAUAUCCUUUCCUGCAAUAUUUCACACUAUGCAGCGACAUUGUGGUAACGUUACUAUUUACAUCAGAAAUGAUAGCGAAGAUACACAUUCGUGGCUUGCUGAGGGGAGAUGCACCCUAUUUCAAAGAUCAUUGGUGCCAAUUUGAUGCUUCUAUGGUGUUCUUCCUGUGGGUAUCGGUAGUAUUGCACGUGUUCGAAAUGCUUGGAAUUGUUCCGAAAUUCCAUUACUUCAGCAUACUCCGAGCACCGCGGCCACUAAUAAUGAUACGUUUUUUGCGAGUCUUCCUGAAGUUCUCCAUGCCCAAAAGUCGAAUCAACCAGAUAUUUAAACGAUCUAGUCAACAAAUUUACAACGUAACGUUAUUCUUUUUGUUCUUUAUGUCACUAUAUGGUUUAUUAGGAGUACAGUUUUUCGGCGAACUAAAGAACCAUUGCGUUUUGAACACAACAGAGCCUGAAGGGCUCACCAUUAACUCUUUAGCGAUCCCUGAUACAUUCUGCUCAAUGGACCCUGACUCUGGAUAUCAGUGUCCCGCUGGUAUGAAAUGUAUGAAAAUGGAUUUUCUCUCCAACUACGUUCAAGGAUUCAAUGGCUUUGAAGAUAUAGCCACAAGUAUUUUCACUGUUUACCAGGCGGCAUCCCAGGAGGGGUGGGUUUUUAUCAUGUAUAGAGCAAUUGACAGUCUUCCUGCGUGGCGAGCUGCAUUUUAUUUCAGCACAAUGAUCUUUUUUCUAGCGUGGCUUGUGAAAAACGUUUUUAUUGCGGUCAUCACUGAAACAUUUAACGAAAUACGAGUCCAGUUCCAGCAAAUGUGGGGUGUCAGAGGUCAAAUUCAGAAUAGUACAGCAUCGCAGAUUAUCACCGGAGACGACUCGGGAUGGAAACUUAUAACCAUAGACGAGAAUAAACACGGAGGCUUAGCUAAUGAGACAUGUCACACUAUUCUUAAAUCUCCAUACUUUAGAUUGCUAGUCAUGUCAACUAUCUUGGCUAAUGGUAUAGUAACGGCAACUAUGCACUUUAAACAUGACGGAAGACCACGACAAGUCUUUUACGAGAGAUAUUACUACAUCGAAAUGGCUUUUACGUUUUUGCUCGACUUAGAGACCCUCUUCAAAAUAUAUUGUCUCGGUUGGAGAGGUUAUUUCAAACAUUCAGUACACAAGUUCGAGCUUUUAUUAGCCAUUGGCACGAGUCUGCACAUAAUUCCAGGAUUAUAUCUCUCGGGAUUCACUUACUUUCAAGUACUUAGAGUAGUGCGUCUGAUCAAGGCAUCACCAAUGCUAGAAGGCUUUGUGUACAAAAUUUUCGGCCCUGGAAAAAAACUUGGAUCGCUAAUCAUUUUUACAAUGUGCUUGCUAAUAAUUAGUUCGAGCAUUUCGAUGCAACUCUUUUGCUUCUUGUGCGAUUAUACUAAAUUUGAAAGCUUUCCAGAUGCGUUUAUGUCUAUGUUCCAAAUUCUAACGCAAGAAGCUUGGGUUGAAGUAAUGGAUGAGACAAUGAUUCGAACUAGCAAAACGUUAACGCCUCUAGUGGCCGUCUAUUUCAUUUUGUAUCAUCUAUUUGUCACAUUAAUUGUGCUUAGUUUAUUCGUUGCAGUCAUUCUAGACAAUUUGGAACUAGAUGAAGACAUAAAAAAACUAAAACAGCUAAAGUUUCGUGAACAGAGUGCUGAGAUCAAAGAAACAUUGCCCUUUCGCUUAAGGAUUUUCGAAAAAUUUCCAGAUUCUCCACAGAUGACAAUUCUUCAUAAAAUUCCAAAUGAUUUCACCUUACCAAAGGUUCGUGAAUCAUUCAUGAAACAGUUUGUCAUCGAAAUGGAACCGGAGGAUCCAUCUUAUAGUGAAGGUUAUAAACGUCCCAUAUCGGAGUGCUGGGAGUCUAAAGUUGUCUACAGAAAACAAAAGCCCGUAAAUGUAAUGAAUAAAACUGCCAAGGUUCGCUCGGUGGGAAGCAGUCUUCGAAAAAUGGCAAUAACGCAUAUCAUUAAUGAUUCUAACAACCAACGGUUGAUGCUUGGAGACUCUGCAAUGAUUCCGGUAGCUGGAGCCAAGGGGGGGUUAAAACCGCAGGGCACGAUAACUCAAACCAAACCAUGGCGUAUGGAUCAGAAAAAGUUCGGAUCUAGAUCAAUUCGUCGAAGCGUUCGUAGUGGAUCGAUUAAACUCAAACAAACUUAUGAACAUCUAAUGGAAAAUGGAGACAUUGGAGCAGCUAGCCGUGUGACUUCUUCACGCGCAAGACCUCAUGAUUUAGAUAUUAAAAUUUUACAGGCUAAGCGACAACAGGCAGAAAUGCGGAGAAAUCAACGUGAGGAAGAUUUACGAGAAAAUCAUCCGUUUUUUGACACACCACUAUUCGCUGUACCCAGGGAAAGCAAAUUUAGAAAAAUAUGUCAACGCAUCGUUCAUGGGCGGUACGAUGCGCGGCUUAAGGAUCCACUGACCGGAAAAGAGAGGAAGGUUCAAUAUAAAAGUAUGCACAAUUUUCUUGGCUUGGUAACAUACUUAGAUUGGGUGAUGAUCUUCGUAACUACGCUUUCCUGUAUAUCAAUGAUGUUCGAGACGCCUCAAUAUCGUGUAAUGGAACAUGUAACGCUUCAAAUGGCCGAGUACACGUUUGUUAUAUUCAUGAGCCUUGAGUUAGCGCUCAAAAUUCUGGCAGAUGGUUUGUUCUUCACUCCCAAAGCAUACAUCAAAGAUGUCGCAUCGGUACUUGAUGUAUUUAUCUACAUUGUUUCCUUAACGUUUUUGAUCUGGAUGCCACGCCAAGUGCCAAGUAAUUCAUCAGCGCAACUUCUGAUGAUUUUGCGUUGCCUAAGACCUCUCCGAAUAUUUACCCUGGUGCCGCAUAUGCGAAAGGUGGUAUAUGAGCUAUGUCGAGGUUUCAAGGAAAUACUACUAGUAUCGACUUUACUAAUUUUGUUAAUGUUCGUUUUUGCAAGUUAUGGAGUACAACUAUAUGGAGGCCGUUUAGCGCGCUGCAAUGAUCCUACUAUCCUAAAAAGAGAAGAUUGUGUUGGCGUGUUCAUGAGGCGAGUGUUCGUAACAAAAAUGAAAUUGACCCCUGGUACAAAUGAAUCAUAUCCAUCCAUGCUCGUUCCAAGGGUUUGGGCAAAUCCUAGGAGAUUCAAUUUUGAUAAUAUUGGCGAUGCCAUGUUAGCACUUUUCGAAGUACUAUCUUACAAAGGAUGGAUCGACGUACGGGAUGUUUUAAUCAAAGCACUAGGACCUGUUCAUGCCAUCUACAUUCAUGUUUAUAUUUUCCUUGGAUGCAUGAUAGGACUGACUUUGUUCGUUGGUGUAGUAAUUGCUAAUUAUUCAGAAAAUAAAGGAACUGCAUUACUAACUGUCGAUCAACGAAGAUGGUGUGAUUUAAAGAAACGUCUAAAAAUCGCUCAACCUCUGCAUCUCCCACCUCGCCCAGACGGACGACUGUUUCGAGCUUUCGUAUACGACAUUACACAACAUAUUGCAUUUAAAAGAUGCAUUGCAGUUGUUGUACUUGUUAACAGCAUGCUGCUUUCAAUAACGUGGACAAAAGAUGAAACGCACACAGAGAGAUUAAUUAUCGUCAGUACGUUGCUUACAUUUGUAUUUGUAAUAGAGGUUGUGAUGAAAAACAUUGCGUUUACUCCAAGAGGAUACUGGCAAUCUAGACGAAAUAGAUAUGAUCUUUUAGUGACGGUAGCUGGAGUUGUAUGGAUAUUUCUUCAAACAACACUGAGAAGUGAUCUAUCAUAUUUCAUUGGUUUUAUGGUUGUCAUAUUGAGAUUUUUCACAAUAACUGGCAAGCAUACGACCUUGAAAAUGCUUAUGCUCACUGUCGGUGUUUCAGUAUGUAAAUCAUUCUUCAUUAUUUUCGGGAUGUUUCUCUUGGUGUUCUUCUAUGCACUUGCGGGAACAAUUCUAUUUGGUACAGUUAAAUAUGGUGAAGGUAUCGGCCGCCGUGCUAACUUUGGCUCUCCGGUAACCGGGGUGGCCAUGUUGUUUCGCAUAGUAACCGGCGAAGAUUGGAAUAAGAUCAUGCACGACUGUAUGGUUCAACCGCCAUACUGCACGCUUGCUGCCAAUUACUGGGAAACAGAUUGCGGCAAUUUCACUGCGAGUUUGAUCUAUUUCUGUACAUUUUAUGUAAUCAUUACGUAUAUUGUACUUAAUCUACUAGUCGCUAUUAUCAUGGAAAAUUUUUCCUUGUUCUAUUCGAACGAAGAAGAUGCUCUUCUCUCGUAUGCAGACAUAAGAAAUUUCCAAAAUACGUGGAACAUCGUAGACAUUCAUCAGCGUGGAGUCAUACCGGUACGCAGAGUAAAGUUUAUACUUAGAUUGUUAAAGGGUCGAUUGGAAUGCGAUCCUCAAAAAGAUCGCCUGCUAUUCAAAUACAUGUGCUACGAGUUAGACAAACUGCAUAAUGGAGAAGAUGUGACUUUCCACGAUGUAAUUAACAUGCUGUCAUAUCGUUCGGUCGAUAUAAGGAAAGCACUCCAGCUGGAAGAAUUGUUGGCACGAGAGGAGUUUGAAUACAUAAUUGAAGAAGAAGUAGCCAAACAAACUAUACGUACAUGGCUUGAAGGAUGUCUAAAGAAAAUUCGAGCCAAUAACAUUACGAAACAACAAAAUUCUUUGAUUGCUGGAUUGCGAGCAACCAACGAUAGUUUACAAAAACAACAACAGCAGCAGCAGCAGAAUCAACAGCAAGAUCAAACCGAAGAACAGGUUCUACAUAAAGAGGUGAGCCUCGAGUCAGAAUCAGCUGAACAAACUGCAAAGGAAAUCGAAAACAAUGCCAAAAACCGCAAAAAAAGUCAAAAUAUUCUCAACAGAUCCGAUUCAACCGGGAGUAGCAGCGGUCGAAAAUUUUUAGCGCCAACGCUUUCCGAUCCUCAGGCAAAGAACGAAAAAGACCGAUAUUUAACCAAGAAAAAAUCUCCUCGCCAAUCUACUACUAAUAGUAAAACUAUCUCCCAAAUACACGAAAUUAAUCAUGGCCAUACUUUGCAUCAACAUUACCACCAUUUGGUCCACAAUACCGAGAUUCAGCAAAGCAGUGGAGGAAAAAUCGGUCAUCCGCACAUUAAUAUGGUUUUCGAGGUACAUGAUUGGUGGCAAGAACAAGUUAUAUGUGCACAUAGUGACGAUGAAGAUAUUUAG